GUAUGUACGUACGUCCGGAGAGGAAGAAAAGAAAGAUCGAUCCUCUCGGCCGUGGUGGAAUUGCCCGUGUGCAGAAUCGACGUGCCGCGGAGCGAGCGAGCGAACGAGCGAGCGAGCACGAGCGUGCUCGCACGUCCGCCAGAGUGGGAGAUACGAAGGUAUAAAACCGAUCCGGUGGACUGCUGCCAGCCAGUCCAAAGGCCAGAUGCGGCGGCGGCUCUAGUCGCAUUUAUGCGAGAGAGACGAUCACGAUAUUCGGCGUGCGGUACUCCUUUUUACAGCAAGCGUGGACGCGUGGAACAGACGCGGAGCGCGCGAGCAACACGUAUGAAACAGUGAUCAGAGCGCACUGCCUGGUCCGUCCCUCGGUGGUGAUUCCGUGCAGGAUUUUCGUAAGAGUCGUAAGCGAGUUCGCCGGGCGUAGCGCGGCAUAAGAGUCCGAAGGGGAAGCCAGAUCGACGAGAGACGACGAGAGGCACGUCCUGCUCCGCGGAAACAGAGAAAGGACGCUGAGCUCCGUUUUCGAGGACACGUUCCCCGGGACACACGCGCUUCGCAGCGAGCCCUUCCUCCCGAGAGAAAGGGCGAGGAUCUCGAAUUACACGCCGAUAGCCGCGCACGGAGCACCCACGGAAGAAAUUUGACCGAUUAUUUUGUUCCUUAGCCAAGGGUGACUAACCGACAGUGGGUUUCUUGUGGAAUCCGUGAAUUAAUACGAGGAGGGAUUUCGAGUCGACGAGAAGCAGCUCCCGGAUAGCACCGAUGAGGAUACAGGAGGCACCACCAGCCACCGGUGACAAUCUGGAGGAGAGUGCUCUGUCAGGGUGGUUUCGCGAGGGAUCGACGCCCCUAUCGGCGACUCGCAUCAACAUGGAAGAGGCAUCCAGCGCCAACCGUGAGGAUUUCGUUAGAAACAUCGAGACGACGGCGGUGGCGACAACGGCGGUAGCUGCCGCCAGCCCGCUUUCCUGGCACAUCCCAAGGCCGUCCUUGGUCGGACGCAGCGAGAGGGACAGCGAGAAUGGAAGCUGGGCUCAUCACUUGCAUCCAAACUCCCCCUCGAGAGGGUCGACGUCGUCUCAAGGAUCCACUGCCAGUACACACAGCGCCGCGUCGGGAACACUGCUACUCACAGCCGCGAAUCUAGCGAAUCUCGCCGCUAUACACCCGCCUACGGUGACGGCGCCAAAGCAGAUGGACACUGCUUCGGUGGCCAGCAGCACCCACUUCACGGUCGUGAACGGCCUCGGCAGACCGGUCACCGUUUAUAGGAAGUCCUGGUGCGCGCGGAAUCAGCUCACCGUGCUCGUGUGCACCAUGAGCUUUCUGUUCAUGGUCGGCCUGCUUGCUGGCAUCCUUUACAUGGAAAUGAGGGCUCGCGACAAGUACAACUAGGCCGAGGGUGACGGGAGGAAAAAGCAGCGGCGGCGACGACAUGUGACCGUGAAUGAUGAUCGUCAUGAUAGGGAUGAGCAAUGGAGAAACGAACGAAGAACGGAAUAAAAUUGGGACGAUCUGUAUGGAAACGAGAGAGGGCGAGGAAGCGAGCAAGUUAACGAGCACAAUCCAGUCACGAUAAUUAAUUCGAGUUACUUGUAUUUAUAUGUGUAUGUAACGUUUGCGUUAAUAACGGCCGUUAAGACCGCUCUCGGUUAGUAAACGUUCUCGGCGACGGUUAGUAGUGUGUUAUAGAUAUAUGCUGUAUUGCACCGCGACAAAAGUGUGGUACGUGAAAACCAGUAAUUACAUUUGUGUAAUGAGCGACGUACUGUUAAGGAAUUAACGAAAUCCUCGCGAUGGGAUAGCCUUGUAUAUUUAUGCUGGAACUAACGGAUUCACCGGAUCGUGCUGGGAGACACGAUCCCGCGAAUAUUGUAAUAUUUCAUGUUAAUUAGCCCUUAGCGCGUGUCAUGUAGAGCACGAGCGACUUUCUCUGAAAUUUCUUCACCGCGUCUCACACGCGCGGUUAUGACAUCUUUCUGCACGCCGCGUAUCUUUUUCGCAUAUGGAGAAGACGUAUGCGGUAGGGGAUUACGGACGACAGUGAUACACGAUGUGGUUCGCGAUUGCUCCAAAUGAAACGUACUUUUGGCGUAGCGACGCUUCUCGUCGGUUGGUUCUCGACCGAUUUACCGUUCACUAAUGUAAAUCGCGGCAACAUUAUCGUGAGCCGAUGACCGAGGAAAGGAGAGUGCGAUGAAAAAUCACUAAAGCAUCACUGAUCGUCCGAUAGGAUUCUGAGAUUGAUUUCUUUUCGACGAAUAACGAAUAACGGACAAGCCGACGGACAGUUCGAAGCAAUCGACGAAAUGGGACCAAGACGGUGUAUCAAUGUAUCACUUAGGGCCCAUAAUUUAAUCUUUACUAACAAACUGCCUUCAUCAGACCGUCGGGACGUUGUUCCAGGGACAAACAUAAAUGGAAAAGCAUUGAGGGGCGGUCGCGUCGAUCGCUUUUCGCGUCUGUGAUAUUACUUGCGUAUUAAUUAAUCGUCGAUUCAACAAGAAACUGUCAAAUAUAC